UAUAGUCGGGGACUUCAUGUAUGGUUGUGUUUUUGUAUCGCCUUACUGCCGACUUGUUGACUUUCGUUCCUUAACAAUACCUGCUGCAUGCACCAUCAUGGAAGUGUUCGCUGUGCUUUUCAGUGUAGGCGCUAAAGCUCUUACGUGGCUGUGUGUUAUUCUUGUUAUUGCAUUUCUCGGUUACUGUUUUUAUAUUAAGUACAUUCAUAUGAAAUACGACCACAUACCAGGCCCGCCGAGGGACAGUUUCUUCUUGGGACACUCCCCGACCUUUGUGAGGAUUAUGAAAAAAGACGGAAUUGUGCACAACAAAUUUCUGGAGUGGGCCGAGAUUUAUGGGCCUGUUUACAGAAUAAAUAUUCUGCAUUACAUUAUCCUGGUGGUGACUUGUCCAGAGGCAACUAAGGAAAUCUUGAUGUCCCCUAAGUAUCCCAAGGAUCGAUUCCUCUACAAGGGACUCUUUAACCUGUUUGGUCAAAGGUUUUUAGGCAACGGUCUGGUCACUGCAAGAGAUCAUGAGCUGUGGUACAAACAGCGGCGGAUCAUGGACCCUGCUUUCAGCAGCUUAUAUUUGAGAGGCCUAAUGGGAACCUUCAACGAGAGAGCAGAGAAACUGAUGGAAAAGCUCUCAGAGAUAGCUGAUAAUAAUACAGAGGCCAACAUGCUUCAACUUGUCAACUGUGUCACGCUUGAUGUCAUUGCUAAGGUUGCGUUUGGAGCGGAUUUAGAUCUCCUGUCCAACAACUCGCCUAUCCCCAAAGCCAUUGAGGUUUGUCUAAAAGGGAUGGUGUAUCAAAUCAGAGACUCUUUAUUUCAGUUUAAUCCAAAGAACUGGCCGUUCAUCAAUGAGGUGAGGGAAGCCUGUCGCCUGCUGCGCACAACUGGAGCUCAGUGGAUCCAUGAAAGAAAGACCAGCAUGCAAAACGGAGAAGAUGUCCCGAAGGAUAUCCUCACGCAGAUCAUUAAAACUGCUGCCACAGAGAAAAACAUGACUGAAGAGGAUGAAGAGUUUAUGUUGGACAAUUUUGUAACAUUUUUCAUUGCAGGUCAAGAAACAACAGCCAAUCAGCUAGCGUUUUGCAUCAUGGAGCUUGCAAGGCAUCCUGAAAUAUUGGAUAAAGUGAUGAAAGAAGUGGAUGAUGUCAUUGGGAUGAAACAGGAAAUAAGCUAUGAUGACCUCGGGAAGCUAAUUUACCUCUCGCAGGUGCUGAAAGAGACCCUGAGAAUCUACCCGACUGCUCCAGGCACAUCCCGGGACAUUCCUGGAGACAUGACAAUCGAUGGUAUCCACCUGCCUGGAGGAUUUAUCUGUCUGUUUAACUCUUAUGCAACUGGGAGAAUGGAAAAGUUCUUUAAGGAGCCUCUGAAAUUUGAUCCAGACAGAUUCCACCCUGAUUCUCCCAAGCCCUAUUACUGCUAUUUCCCCUUUGCCCUCGGGCCACGGUCAUGCCUGGGACAGAACUUUGCUCAGAUGGAGGCUAAAGUGGUGAUGGCAAAGCUGCUCCAGAGGUUCGAUUUCAGCCUCGUCCCAGGACAGACUUUUGACAUCCAGGACACUGGCACGCUGAGGCCAAAGAGUGGAGUGAUCUGCACCAUCAAACACAGGAAAUACAAAAACUAAGCGACGUUAAUGCUUUCUCUCAUAAAAUGAAAUGAAAAUGGUCCUGAUAGUUAGGUUUGUUUUACUGCCUCAGACAGAAGAAGUUGGUGGUUUUGUUGAACUGAUGAACAAAUCAUUUAGCCUUUUUUUUUUAAAUAAAUUUUUAAUAACCGUGUACCCUUUGUGUGCCUCUAACAGUAAUAUGUUAAUACCAAAUGUUAUCAGUCUGUCAAUAAAACUGAACUGUUUCUGUAAACCUGA